GCACUGGAAUGGGUGUUUCAGGCCUUACAGUAUUAAGCUAUCUAAAGUUCUUAUUUUACACAAGUAAUAACUAAAACAUUAUUGUUAUAUGAACAAAUAAGAAACAGCAUUAUUGCAUUAACCCAAUCAUCCUUUCCUAUAUAAAAUGUGGUGAUGAUGAUAUUAACCUAGAAUCUCACAUAUGUAUGUUAUAUUAUAAAUGACAUGCAGUUGAAUGCAUAUUCAGAAUGUGUGUAAUGUGAAAGUGUGUUAUGUAAUUGAUGGUAUAUAUAUAUGUUUUUAAGUGACAUGGGAGAGAGAUAUUAGAAUGUAUGGUUGUCUAUCAAGUGUUUGAUUGGCAUGGGAGAGAGAUAUUAGAAUGUAUGAUUGUCUAUCCAGUGUUUGAUUGGCUAAACUUACUGCUCAUUCUUUAAAACUUUGCUUGUUGUUGUGGCAACAUGCACGCUACAAUCAUUUGCUAAGGUAACUGGUUAUUUGGUUGUUAGGUGUUAUUGACCUAUUUUAUGGCCUCUAUGGUCAAUUAAAUAAUUUUUCUUUUCAGGACUAACAAUUUAUUUUAGGAAUUUAACAAUUUUCAGAGAACUAACUUUUAAUUUUUUCAGUUUAUUAAUCAUAAAUUUAUUUUCUUACAAAGCAAUUCCAAAUUAUUUAUUUUGUCCUAGAAUUAUGACAGAAAUAUCUAAAAAAAAAUUUGGAAUUGUUUGGUGAAAUUAGAAUUACUUGCCCUGGGAUAGUUUGGUUGUUGAGGCUGUUUCUACCAUUGGGGAUUGAAGGAUGAAUUAAGCUUUAGAAAGCUCCUACAGGUCACUCAGUGCCCUACACUCUUCACUCUGAAGGAGAUGACAAGUAUACCAUUGAGUACAUCCCCACAGAAGUUGGAGAAUACCACAUAAAGAUGGUUCGUGAAGGGCAAACUGUUGAUGGCAACCCAUAUGAAGUUGAUGUCUGGGAUGCAACCAAAGUUGACGUUAAGAAUAUCCCAAGCAAUGGAACUGUUGGGAAACCUGUACAGUUUGAUAUUGAUGUCUCAAAGGCAGGGAGUGGGAAUCUAGAGAUAGUGGUCAAUGAUGGACAGGUCCCCUGUAACGUACAGCGUACAGGAAGGCGUACAUUUGCAGCUACAUUCAUCCCUCAUGUCCCAGGGAAACAUAGCAUGUUAAUGACCUUCAACAAGGAAGCUGUACCAGGAAGUCCUUGGAAUUUUAUGAUAGCAGAUGCCCCUCCCCCUCUACAAGUUGAUGUGGUAGACCGCGGGACAGACUUGAUACCAGUAAACAGAGAGGCAUGGUUCAUGGUUAGCGUCAUUGGGGGACAGAAGACUAACAUACAUGCACGCAUAUUAUCACCCACCAAGAAAACACUAAAGACCACACUAACAGAGGAAGGUCCUGGAACAUAUAGAGUGGAAUACACUCCUAUUGAUGUUGGUGCUCACACAGUUGAAGUAGAGUAUCUAGGAAAACCUGUCUCUGGAUGCCCAUUCAGGGUACGCACCUAUGACCCUAGUGCCAUAAAGGUCAGCAAGAUCAACCCAGGACUUGUUGGUCGACCAAUCAUAUUUACAGUUGAUGUGAAAGCAGCUGGAGAGGGCCAGCUAGAGAUCAUGAUAAACAAUGGAACAGUGCCCAACAAUGUUGAACCACUGGGGAAUGGAGCCUACCAAGUCACAUUUGUGCCAACUGAGGCUAAAGUCUACUCUGUAGAUAUCAAAUUUAAUGACUAUUCUCUACCAAAUGCUCCAUAUUCUGUUAACAUCAGUGAUGCAAGUAAUGUUAAUGCAUCAGGAGAGGGUCUUGAGCUGGUUCCUGUCAACAGAGUCACAUCAUUCAAUGUCACAGGGGCAACCAUGUCAGAUGUUGAGGUCACUGUGACAUCUCCAAGUCACCGCACUAUAAACAGCCAGAUCCGACGUACAAAAGGAGCAUACCAAGUUGAGUACAAACCUCCAGAGGUGGGAACAUACAAUAUUGAAGUUGUCUAUGCAGGCAUGUCAAUCAACAACAGCCCAUUCACGUCAAAGGCAUAUGAUGCUGGAGCUGUUGUCAUCAGUGACAUACCCAUAGGCAUUGUUGGAAAGCUAGUCUACUUCACAGUUGAUGUCCAGCAAGCAGGAGAGGGCCAGGUUGAGAUAGCUGUUAACAACGGCACUGUUAAAAAUACAGUAGAAAGACAAUCUAAGGGUGUAUACAGGGUAGGAUUCCUUCCAACCACUGCUGAGCAACACUCAGUACUGGUGAAAUUCAAUGGAGAGAAUGUACCAGGGAGUCCAUGUAAAGUUCAAAUAAUAGAUGCCUCACAGAUCUAUGCCGAAGGGCGUGGUUUACAAGGGGUCCCCAUUAACAGUAUGACUGAGUUCAAUGUAUACACAUCAGGGCUGCCUCGUGCUGAAAUGUUGGCUACGAUCACAGCCCCAAGUGGUAGAGAGGUUCCCAACCAGAUGAACCCACAUGGAGCAAACCAAUACAAAGUGGAAUAUAAACCUACUGAAGUUGGUCCACAUAACAUAGAGGUGACUUAUGCUGACCUACAGAUCAGUGGCAGUCCUUUUACCAGCCGUGCUUAUGACCGCCGUGCCAUAACAGUAGACAGUCCAACAACAGGAAUUGUGGGAAAAGCUGUUAAGUUUGUUGUAAAUGUGACAACAGCGGGUGAGGGAAAGUUGGAGAUAAUGGUAAACAAUGGAGCUGUUCCUAACAGUGUUCGAAUGAUGAGUCGUGGCAUAUUUGAGAUGACGUUUGUACCAUCAGAAGCUAGGGACCACAGUGUUGGCAUUACAUUCAAUGAGGAACCUGUACCAGGGAGUUCAUUCACUGUUGCUGUUGUUGAUGCCAGUAGAGUAAAAGCAAGUGGGCAUGGCUUGGGCUUGAUACCUAUAGACAGACCAACCUGGUUUGAGAUCAACUCCCAUGGAAUAGGGCAGCAUGAAGCAACAGUCAAGAUAACAUCACCCAGCUACAAGGUAGUUCCAAACAGUGUUAUCAACAACAUGGAUGGUACCUACAAUGUGGAGUAUGUCCCUAAGGAGGUUGGAUUGCAUAACAUUGAGGUUCAGUACGCAGAGCUAGCAAUUCCCGGGAGUCCAUUUAGUAGCAAAGCUUAUGAUGCAAGUGCUGUCAAGGUCAGCAGCAUACCAGAUGGAAUUGUGGGUAAACCUGAUAUGUUCACAGUUGACAUCAGAGCAGCAGGAGAAGGAGACAUGGAGGUUUUGGUUGACAAUGGGCAAGUCCCAGUCAAUAUGAAGCAGCAGAGUAGGGGACUAUACCAGGUGUCAUUUGUACCCUUAGACACACACAGACACAAUGUUGACAUUACAUUUAAUAGGGACCAAGUUCCAGGUAGCCCAUGGUCAAUUAAGGUGGUUGAUGCCAGUAGAGUUACAGCACGUGGAUCUGGUCUUAAUUUGGUCCCUGUCAAUGCUAUGGCCUCCUUCGAGAUUGAUACCCACAAUAGUGGCAAUGAAGAGGUCAAGGUCAAGGUUAUGGGGCCAGGAUUAAAACCAGUUCCAGCUUCUGUAAUUUCUAACUCUGAUGGAACAUACCGAGUGGACUACACACCCAAGAUUGUUGGCCCCCAUGUCAUUGAGGUGACGUAUGCUGACCUGCCUAUCCCACAAUCCCCCUUCACUAGCAAGGCCUAUGACAUUUAUGCCAUAAUAGUUCGAGACAUCCCAAAUGGUAUUGUUGGAAAACCUAUUGCAUUCAUGGUUGAUGUGACAGCAGCAGGUGAGGGCCAGCUAGAGAUAAUGGUGAACCAGGGAAGUGUACCAAUAGAGGUCUCUAAGAGGAGCACAGGGGUAUUCCAAGUACAGUUUGUACCACAGGAGGCUAAAACACACUUUGUUGAUAUGAAGUUCAAUGGCAUAUUACUCCCAGCGAGCCCAUGGAAUGUAAAUGUCACAGAUGCCACCAAAGUUGUUGCAACAGGAAGUGGCCUGGAGAUCAUACCUAUUAAGAAAGUUGCAACAUUUGAUAUUGAUGCAAGGAAGGCUGGAAAAGCUGAACUACAAAUUAAAGUUAUGUCACCUGCACGUAAAGCUAUCCCUAUACAAGUCAUGGACAACCACAAUGGAACAUACAGAGUAGAGUAUAUCCCUUCAAUUGUAGGAGCAUAUGUUAUCAACAUCACUCAUGCAGAUCAAGUAAUAGCUGGUAGCCCAUUCCGUAGCAGUGCCUAUGACAUAAAUGCCAUCAUGGUUAGCAGGAUGCCGCGUGGAAUCAUUGGCAAACCUGUAGAGUUUACUGUUGAUGUGACAAAUGCGGGAGAGGGUCAAUUAGAAACACUCAUCAACCAAGGAACUGUGGAGCAUAACAUACGCCUCAAAAGCAAGGGAAUCUUCCUUAUCUCAUUCAUUCCAACAGUUGCCAGGCCACAUACAGUGGACAUUAAGUACAAUGAGGAACUUGUUCCAGGGAGCACACGGAUUGUUGAAGUUACAGAUGCAAGUGCAGUUACUGUCAAGGGGGCAGGUUUAGACCUAGUGCCAAUCAACAAACUGACAUGGUUUGAGGUGACUACAAAUAAUGCUGGCGCUGGUAUCGUUGCAGUGAAAAUAUCAUCUCCCACCAGACUUCCUGUCCAGAAUGAGAUAGUAGACAUCAAAGAUGGAACUUACAAAGUAGAGUAUAUUCCUAAUGAAGUUGGAACUUACAGUUAUGAGGUGACAUACGCAGAUCUUCUUGUACCAGGGAACCCAUUCACAUGUAAAGUUUACGACACAAGUGCUAUCAGAGUUAGCCCUAUACCAGAUGGUAUCCUUGCUAUGCCUGUAGCAUUUACAGUUGAUGUAUCUGAGGCUGGGGAAGGACAACUUGAGAUCAUGGUACAAAAUGGUGAUGUCCCAAAUGUCGUUAAACUUCAAAGUCGUGGUGUCUUUCUGGUGACAUUCAUUCCUGAGACCACAGAUAUACACAUCAUUGACAUCAUAUUCAACGGAGAGGUUGUACUUGGAUCCCCAUUCCAAUGCAGAGUAAUUGACACAAGUAAUGUGCUGGUAAAUACUGAGGAAGUUCGCAUUGCCCCUGUUAACAUGCUGUGUAGAUUUGAAAUUGACCCCAGAGGUACCCCAGCUGCAGAAGUCAUUGUUACAGUUACUGAUCCAACAGGUGACAAUCUGGAUACAGUUGUUGGAAUACGGGGUGACAUCUAUAUUGGAGAAUUCACACCAAAGGUUGUUGGUGGCCAUGUUGUUGCAGUGACAUAUGGAGGUGCAAAUGUGAUUGGUUCUCCUUUUACCUGCCAGGUGUUUGAUGUCACCAAGGUCAAGGUCAUAAAUGUUGAUUUCACUGGCUUCUUAAAAAAAGAUAUGCACUUUACAGUUGAUGCAUCAGAAGCAGGAUAUGGAGACAUUGAUGCAGAAGUGACAAGCCCUAUGGGUAAUCUUGUUCGUUCCUCUCGGGACAGUAUUGGAAACAACAAACAUUUAUUCAGCUACAACCCCAAUGAGCCAGGCGAUCACUCUAUUGAUGUCACUUUCAACUACUUGAAGGUCCCAGCAUGCCCCAUACCAACACGUGUAUUAGAUGGCUCAUUGGUGUUCGCCACAGGAGAGGGACUAGAACUCUUCCCAGUGGGCAAAGAUGUCAACUUCUUGGUUGAUGCUACUAGUUUUGGCCCAGCGCAGCUUGAUAUACGCAUCUCGGCGCCAUCUGGUAAAGAAGUCCCAAACCAGAUCAUCAACAAUGGAGACAAUACAUUUGAAGUUGAAUACCAAUGUAAUGAAGUAGGAGUCCAUAGAAUAGAUGCCCAAUAUGCUCGCAUGGCGAUACAGGCAAGUCCCUUCUCAGUGAGAGCCUAUGAUGCACGCAAAGUACGGGUGUUUGAUUUCACCACACCCAGCCUGCUAAUGGAACAGAGCACAUUCAUUGUUGAUGCCUCUGAGGCUGGAGAGGGCAAUCUGGAGAUCAAAGUCAGGUCAGGUGACCAGCUAGUGCCCCAUGAGGUAGAGAAGAUAAGUAAUGCACAGAGCCAGUACAAGGUCAGCUUUGUACCAAAGGAGGUGAAGACACACUAUGCUGAUGUCAGCUAUAACACUGACCUUGUUCCAGGAAGUGCUUUCCCUAUAGAGGUACAGGACCCCAUCAUCAUCAUGGCCUCAGGAGCAGGCCUUGGGCUAGUUGCUUGCAACAAGGUUGCCUCAUUUAUUGUAAGUGCUGUUGGAGCAAGAACUGGAGAUGUUGAUGUUGGAAUCACUUCCCCUAGUGGCAACCAGGUACAAGUACGUCUGAAGGACAAUGGAGAUGGGUCAUACACUAUAGAGUGGGUCCCUACAAUGGUUGGGGACCAUCGUAUAGUAGUAAUGUACAGAGGAAUGCAGAUAGACAGUGGUGUUUUCACUGCAAGAGCAUAUGACCCAAAUAAGGUGACAGUGUCAAAUCUUGGACAUGGAAAGAUUGGGAAACCUGCAUAUUUCAACAUUGAUGCAAGUAAGGCAGGGGCUGGUAACCUAGAGAUUAUUGUAUCAGUGAAUGGUGAGAAUGUCCCCAACUUUGUCCAAGCAGAGGGCAAUGCACGAUUCCAAGUGUCAUUCACUCCCCAGAUGGCAGAUACUCACAUGAUCAGUGUCAAGUUCAAUAAUGAACAAGUACAAGGAAGUCCAUUUGCUUGCAAUGUUGUUGAUGGACACAGGUGUAUAGCAAGUGGAGAUGGGAUACGUCUUACCUCUGUCAAUAAACUGGCAACAUUCACAGUUGACCCACAGGGUGCAGGCAAAGCUGACUUGGUUGCAGAGGUCACAUCCCCAAAUGGCUACAAAGUUCCAGUGCAAAUCUCUGGCAACAGUAGUUCCUCCUUCAGGGCAGAAUACACACCAACAGAGGUUGGGCAACAUAAAGUCUCUGUCAAGUAUGCUGAAGUUGACAUUAGUGGAAGCCCUUUCUACCCUUAUGUCUAUGACGUCAAUCAGGUCAACGUCAGCAAGAUGAGUCGUGGCUUUGCUGGUCAGCCAGUCACCAUUGAAGUUGAGACAAGCAAGGCAGGCGAGGGUACGCUACGUUCAGAGGUUCUGUGUAAGGGUACACUGGUGCACAGUUAUAUACAGAACACAGGGCCAGGGAAAUAUGAAGUGACCUUCACCCCAAAAGAGAAUGAGGCUCACAUAGUCAACUUGACAUUCAACGACCAACACAUAAAGGGCUCUCCAUUCAAAAUCGACAUAAUUGAUACCAGUAAAGUUGCUGUAUCAGGUGAUGGAAUUAGAAUGGCAUCAGUCAACAAAGAGAUCAGCUUUGAAAUUGACCCUCAUGGCACCCCUGAGGCUGAAAUAGAUGUGAAAGUAACAAGUCCCACUGGACGACUUGUUCCAUGUCGUGUUAAUCGUCGUGGCAACCUCUAUGUUGUCAGCUUCCUCCCUACAGAGGUUGGAGGUCAUGUGAUCAGUGUCACAUAUGCUACAGUUAACAUCCAUGGCAGUCCUUUCACAUGCCAGGUCUAUGACACAUCUAAGGUCAGCAUUGUUGAUGUAGACCAGCAGGGAGACAUAGGGCGUGAAAUGGGAUUCACAGUUGAUGCCUCUCAAUCAGGUCAAGGUGACAUUGACGUAGAAGUGAUCACUCCCACAGGUAACCUGUGCCGCACCCAGCGUACACAGCUUGGGAAUAACAGACACAGGUUCACAUAUACACCUAAGGAACCAGGCAACUACAAUAUAGAGGUGAUGUUCAAUUAUGAGAAACUAGCAGGAACUCCUCUCAGGGUGUAUGUAGCAGGGCAACUAGAGGAGACUUACAGUCAACAGAGGGUUGUCAGAGAAACAUACGUCACACAAGCUGUAAGUCAAGUUGACCCAGGCAGCAUCACAAUUGCCAAUAGGAGCUUACGUAAUGCCUCUGUGGAUCGUCUUUGCUGGUUUGUUAUUGAGAUGCAUGGCCUCCAAGCUGCCCCUGAAGACCUCCAGGUCAUUGUAAGAGCACCUAAUGGGGAAGUUGUUCCCGCGAAGAUAGUCCGCCAGCACGAUGGAGACUACAAGGUUGAAUACUCCUCCCAGUAUGUUGGACGUCACAUCGUUGAUAUCCUGUAUGGUGGCAAUAAUAUUAGUGGGAGUCCAUUCUAUGUGGACAUUUAUGACCCUAACCGAAUCACAGUAGAGGGCAUUGAGGAUUCAACUGUAGGAGAGGAGACAGGAUUUGACAUUCAUCAUAGUGACGCUGGGCACGCUGAUCUCAAGAUCAAGAUUGAAAGUCCCAGUGGUCGGGUCAUCCCUCAUCGCCUAGCAACCUUUGGUAGUAGCCAGAAAGUGACAUAUACCCCCAGCGAGGCAGGCCUCCAUCGCAUCUACAUCAACUAUGGAGGAAUAGACAUCCCAGGAUGCCCAUUGAACCAGAAUGUUACAGAUGCCAGUAUGAUCACAGCAUCAGGUGAUGGUCUCUACAGAGGAGAGGAGGACAAGCCUGCAACAUUCUUUGUCAACACACAUGGCUCUAGAGGUUCCCUUUCUGUAUCUGUUGAUGGACCCAACUCUAUAGCAAAGUGCAACAUUGGGCAGGAGCGUGACCGCUACGUGGUCACAUAUGUUCCAGUUGAGGUUGGGCUGUUUGAUGCAACAAUCAAGUGGAAUGACAGAGAAAUACCAGGAAGUCCAUUCCACCCAAAGGUAUUUGAUGCACGCAAGGUCCAUGUGACUGGAGGCUGGCAGAGUCUGCUUGAUGCCAACAACAGGAUAGCGCUGAAGGUUGGGGAAGAGAAACAUAUCAGCUUUGAUACCCAAGAGGCUGGACCAGGGAAGCUGACUGCUGAGGUAAAUGGACCAGAUGGAGGAGUUCCUUGCUCAGUCACUGACAGACCAGAUGGAAGAGUUUCUGUCAGCUUUAUUCCUAGAAUUCAGGGAGAGCAUUAUGUGAAGGUUAUGUGGGCAGACAUCCCACUUCCAAAAUCACCACUUCAGGGCUAUGCCCAACCUGCCAGCUCACCAGUGGACCACACCAAGGUUAUCCUGACAGGGAGGGGCCUGAAGGAGGCUAGUGUUUCAGAAGAGGCAGAGUUUAUCAUUGAUGGAUCCCAGGCUGGACCAGGCAAGCCCAUAGUUACACUUGAAGGAACAAGUAGCAACCCACCUGUGAAUGUGCAGUCACUGGGUGCAGGCAGGUACAGAUGUACUUACAGAGCAGACAACCCAGGUGCUUACCUCCUGAACAUCAAGUGGUCUGAGCACAGAGUACAUGGCUCCCCAUUCAAGGUGAGUGUGAAUUCACUGAGUGAUGCCACUAAGGUCCUUGCAUCAGGUGAUGGCUUGAAAAUGGGAAUUAUGGGGCAACAGAUCCGAUCACAGAUUGACACAAGACGUGCUGGACCUGGUCAACUGACUGCCCACUGUACCGGACCCACCAAGGUGGCCUACUGUGAACUGUAUGACCACAGGGAUGGUUUAUUCACCCUGAAUGUAAAGCCUCAGGAAGCUGGCAAACACACACUACAAGUCAAAUAUGAUGAUGUUCACAUUCCAGGGAGCCCUUAUACUCUGCGCAUCUCAGGAGCGCCUGAUGCCUCCAAGGUGAGGGUAACAGGACCUGGAAUCGAGCAUGGAAUUCUGGCCAAAUAUCAGAGCAGAUUUAUUGUAGAGACAAGAGGCGCUGGAGCAGGACAAUUGACUGUUAGAAUCAGGGGACCAAAAGGGGCCUUCCAUGUAGAGAUGCAGAGAGAGAGCCAGAAAGAUCGCACAAUCUUGUGUCAUUAUGACCCUGCUGAGAUUGGUGAUUAUGUGGUCAGUAUCAAGUGGUCGGGUGUGCAUGUUCCCGGAAGCCCAUUUAAUGUGAACAUCUUUGAUACAGAAGAAGAACUACAGAGAUUUUAUGAAGAAACUGGCGCUAGACGUUCAGCUGUACAACAUCGUGCAUGGAAUGCUGAGAUGUAACUGUAAUGGAACAUUUAAAGAAUCACAUUGACACUGAUUGGCUUGGUUUAUAGAGAAUGUUCUGCUCAAGCUAUACAGAUAGCCAGAUGACAAAAUGCCUGACACUAAAAUGGCCCAUAUUGAAAGGGUAACGAGUGAACUGAUAUUAUUUGCUACAGUAUUCUCUCUAAUGAAUGUUCAUCUCCCAAAUUUUUGCAAAGGAGAUAGUGACACUCAAGCUUAUCUAAAUCCUUUCUAUCAUUGAAUGGUGUUAAAAGUUGAUUACUGUUUUUACAUAAAAAUAGGCCAAAGAAGAAAAAUGGUGGAAGAUUCUUUUGAAUGAAAAUAUCCAACAAUGCAAGCGCAAGUGUCAAACGGUGACAAGAUUGUUGAAGCUAAAGAGGCAAAUCUACACAUGUGUCCAAUAGCUCAGUUGACUGAAUUUAAAUACUUCAUAUAAAUAGCUGAAGAAUUGAAAUUUUCUUUCUUGAUAUUUUAGCACUGAAGUUGCUAAGGUCCUUCAUGGAUAUAGUUUGCAUUUGUUUGGGUAUGUACAUCUAUAAGAGAGAAUAUUUUAAUUUGAAAAGAUAUUUAUCUUAUAGUUCAAGGAUAUUAUUAAAGUUAGAUCUGUUUUAUAUGUGCCUCAUGUUUGUUGGCCAAAAGGAGAAAUGUUCCUCCUUUUGGUCCUGACUUAAACAAGAACAAAAAUAAAUAUACAAAUGUAUCACUUUUACAAGUAUACAAUCAAGAAUAUAUAAUUAGCAAUAGAUAUAUCAAGCAAUAUGAUUUUUAUUAUCUUGUAUCAUUGUUAUUCUAGUACAAAUUCACAUGUACAAGUUUGUAUAGCAUUAUUACACAUAUUUUAUCUUAUAUGAUAUAAGGAUACAUGCCAUAUCUAUAUUUAGAGGUUAUGUCACUAUGACGUGAAAUAUGCCUGAGUUCUCCCAAUAUAGGCCGACCUUGGGAGG